AGGGCGGGGCGGGUGGACUGGGGCCCGGAACCGCGGAGCUAGGCCCCUGCCGCCUUCCCGGCGCCGGGUGCCAGGGGCGUCAUGGAGCCCCGAGAGGUUGCGGAUGCCGUGGAGACGGGGGAGGAGAAUGUGAUCAUGGAGGCUCUGCGCGCGUACAAUCGGGAGAACUCCCAGAGCUUCACGUUUGAUGCUGCCCAACAGGAGGACAGGCAGAGACUGGCAGAGCUGCUGGUUUCGGCCCUGGAGCAGGGGUUGUCACCCUCCCGCCGGGUCACCUGGCUGCAGAGCAUCCGCAUCCUGUCCAGGGACCACAGCUGCCUGGAUGCCUUCAUCAGCCGCCAGAGCCUGCAGGCCCUUGCCUGCUAUGCUGGCAUCUCCGCCACCGAGAGUUUGGUCCCUAAGCCCCUGGACAUGGACGUUGUACUCGAGUCCCUCAAGUGCUUGUGCAACCUUGUGUUCAGCAGCCCCGAGGCACAGGUGCUGGCAGCAGAGGCCCGCCUGGUGGUGCGGCUCUCCGAGCGCGUGGGGCUGCACCGGGAGAAUAGCUUCCCCCACGAUGUCCAGCUCUUCGACUUGCGCCUCCUGUUCUUGCUCACCGCACUUCGCAGGGACGUGCGCCGGCAGCUGUUCCAGGAGCUGCAGGGCGUGCACCUGCUGACUAAUGCGCUGGAGUUGACGCUGGGAGUGAGUCCUGGACAGAGCCCCCCCGAGCUCCUUCCGCCCCAGGAGACCGAGCGGGCCAUGGAGAUCCUCAAGGUGCUCUUCAACAUCACUUUCGACUCCGUCAGGAGGGAAGUGGAGGAGGAAGACGCUGCCCUGUACCGGCGCCUGGGGACCCUUCUUCGGCAUUGUGUGAUGGUCGCUGCCGCUGGAAACCGCACAGAGGAGUUCCAUGGCCACACAGUGAACCUGCUGGGGAACUUGCCCCUCAAGUGUCUGGACGUCCUCCUCAGCCUGGAGCUGCAUGAAGGCUGCCUCGAGUUCCUGGGAGUGAACAUGGACGUGAUCAGCAUCCUCCUCAGAUUCCUGGAGAAGCGUCUGCACCAGACGCACCGGCUGAAGGAAAGCGUGGCCCCCGCGCUGAGCGUGCUGACAGAGUGCGCCCGCAUGCACCGCCCCGCCAGGAAGUUCCUGAAGUCCCAGGUGCUGCCCCCACUGAGGGACGUGAAGACCCGGCCGGAGGUGGGGGAGCUGCUGCGGAACAAGCUCGUCCGCCUCAUGACGCACCUGGACACGGAUGUGAAGAGGGUGGCCGCCGAGUUCCUGUUCGUCCUGUGCUCGGAGAGCGUGCCCCGCUUCAUCAAGUACACGGGCUACGGCAACGCUGCCGGCCUCCUGGCUGCCCGGGGCCUCCUGGCGGGGGGCCGGCCCGAGGGCCAGUACUCGGAGGACGAGGACACGGACACAGACGAGUACAAGGAAGCCAAGGCCAGCAUAAACCCGGUGACUGGCAGGGUGGAGGAGAAGCCGCCCAACCCCAUGGAGGGCAUGACGGAGGAGCAGAAGGAGCAUGAGGCCAUGAAGCUGGUGAACAUGUUUGACAAGCUUUCCAGGCACAGAGUCAUCCAGCCCAUGGGCGUGAGUCCCCGGGGUCAGCUCACCUCCCUGCAGGACGCCGUGUGCGAGAGCAUGGAGGGCCAGCUCUCCUCGGACCCCGACUCAGACCCCGACUGAGGACGGCUCCCUGCUCCCCCAUCAGGACCGGUGCUGCUUCCAGAGAUGUCCUCGGAGCCCCCUCCUCACUCCCAGCAUUUGUUCCUGACUUUCCGUAUCUGGGAAUGUGAGGGUCUGUCCUGCUCACUGUGGAGACACCUGGAUUCCUCAGAGGAAGUGGCUUCUCUGAGCAGGAGGGUGUGCACAGAGGCUGCUGCUGAGGGCAGGGCAUGCAUUUGGGAAGGUGGGGCGCUCCGGCCCAGAGCAGGGGCCCCGCUAGCACUGCAUCUGAAAGGGGGAGCACCUGCUGACUUCCCGCCCUGCGCCCGAGACUUGCUGUGCUGCCUGCCCGUGCUUUCCUGUCCUGGCGCCGGCUCCACUGCCCACGGUGCCCAUGAUCCCGCCGCUCUCACAGCGGAGCCCACCGUCCCCCAGUGCAGGUCGUAAAUACACAGGAGGGGGCACCGCUCCUCAGAGUGCAUCUGUCUGUCGUGUCCCACAGCGUCACAGGAGCCACCCUGGCAUCCUUUGGGCAAGAGUGUGUGUGUGU